AACGACUGAUAACGGACCAGAGCGACCUGAUAACGAUCCAGAACGACCUGAUAACGGCCCAGAACGACCUGAUAACGAUCCAGAACGACCUGAUAACGGUCCAGAACGACUUGAUAACGAUCCAGAACGACUUGAUAACGAUCCAGAACGACCUGAUAACGGUCCAGAACGACCUGAUAACGAUCCAGAACCUGAUAACGGUCCAGAACGACCUGAUAACGGCCCAGAACGACCUGAUAACGGCCCAGAACGACCUGAUAACGGCCCAGAACGACCUGAUAACGGCCCAGAACGACCUGAUAACGGUCCAACACGACCUGAUAACGGUCCAGAACGACCUGAUAACGGACCUAAAGGUGGUUACCCCCAUUACUUUCAGAG